UCCUCCCACGCCGCGCUCAAUGGAUACGGAGUUUACUCACACUCCCUGAUUUCACUUCUUCGGUCCCGCUCCGUCGCUGUUUUUGUCUUUGUGUGAGUUUUUUUCCUGCUCCACUCACGACCUAGGAAUGCCAUGGCCACUCAGAACAACCAGGAUUACUUCAGGUCGGUCAGCAGCGAGUCCACCACUUACAUGAUGGUGCCGGCGAACACCCGAAGAGAGUCGCCGUCCAAACUGUGGAUUGCCAUGGUGGUGAUCGUGGUGGUGGUCCUGCAGAUAGCCUCCACCACGGGACUCUUCGUCUACCUAAACAUGUCCUUAUCCCACGUGAAGAGCCAGGGAGUAACAGAGGAACUGCGAUGCCUGGGAUUGCUCAAUGCCCUGGACAAAAACAGGGACAUCCCCGAGGAUCUGGCCCAGCUGUUCGGAGAACCCUGCAUUAAACUGGCUGAAGGCAUCAAGGCCUACAUCUCAAAGGUCACAGAGAAUAUCAUCUCCAAACACACAUUACAAGAAGCAAGAACCAUGCCACGCACUUACAACACAACAGGGUCAAAAUUUGUGACACAGAGGCCGUCAGCCCACCUAACCCUCAGCAGCCUACAAGGUAUAACCCCUCUGUAUCCCAACCCCCAGCCAGACCUGCACCAGUCCUGCCGCCACCCUGUGCGCUCCUGGGCCAACCAGAGCUUUGGGGCGCACCUCCACAACAUGACGCUGGCCAACGGGCGUCUACGUGUGCCUCAGGACGGCCGCUACUACCUGUACGCUCAAGUGUACUUCCGCUAUCCAUCGCCCAGUGAGGGCGAGCAGCACAGCACCAGCCACCAGCUGGUCCAGUGCAUCUAUAAGAAGACCUCCUACCUGAGGCCCAUCCAGCUGCUGAAGGGUGUGGGCACCAAAUGCUGGGCACCGGAUGCUGAGUACGCCCUGCACUCAGUGUACCAGGGGGGUCUGUUUGAGCUCCGUGCUGGGGACGAGGUGUUUGUGUCCGUUUCUUCUCCAUCCAUGGUGCAUGGGGAGGACUCCUCCAGCUACUUCGGAGCUUUCCGUCUGGACCUGUGAAGGGUAAAUUAAAAAGACUGCUCCAAGACUACAUUACCCACAAGGCACUGGGAGGAUUUUUUUUUUUCUUUUUUUUUUAAGUUGACCCUGGGAGAUGGAUUAAACAUUGCUUUGUUUAUUUUGCCUUUGAUCAAUCAAGAAUUCUUUAUAUAUGUGAAGGAAGUGGUUUUGGACACCGUUUAUUCUUUUUUUAAGGCGGAAGAAUGUAUGUAUAUUUUUAAAACCACAUCAAAGAUGUGGAUCUUGGAAACGGUAGCAAAAAUCAAAAAGGAUGGCAAGCAUGGCCAGGACUUCGCAAGGCUGCAUCUGUGCCAAUCGUGUACAUGUCAAAUGUUCAGAGGUGAAAAUGGAGCUUUUUUCCAUUCACCCAGAGCACGGCGUCUGGGUACAUCGGAUUUAACACAUUUAAAAAAAAAUAGAGAUGUGACAAGAGAGGGGAUGACAGGCGGAAUGUGGAGGAAAGAGGACGAGAGGCAUGCAACAUUACCGGCCUCGCAUGGCUCUGGCAGCCAGCUACAGAGGAGGAAUUCACUCUGGCCAGUCCAGCCAGUGGAACAGCAUGCUUUCACAGAUACAGGCCUAAAAACAGAUACUACCAACAGGGAUAUAUAUACACACAUAUGCUUAAUGCAAAAGUCCCUCAUUGCAACAAAUAUAUCUUGACAAGUCAAAGCAUCUUAAAGAGGAAUUAUUUUACACGUUUUUCAAUCAAAUACAGCUAUUUUUAUGUAUCAGUUAACCUAAAUGUCUUCUUACAUGGAAUAUUGGUAAUGGUAAAGUAAUGGUAAAUCUGAAAUUUGAAGUUAGAGAACACCCUGUAUGUACCCAUUUUGCCAUUAAGGCCAUUUUUUUAUGUUUUAGGCCACAAACUUAAUCUCGGAACUAUCAUAAUGCAAUGUCUUCAGCAUCAGGCAGCAUAUUCAUAGUUAUUUUGUGUAUGAGCUUCUAUGAGGGAGCUUUUAGAUUCUUAAACUCUUCAGACUUCUGGUUCUUAUCACUAGCAUUGUAAACAAUAGUGAUAUUUCUGCAUCAAAACCACAAAUGAUUUAAUUAUUUAGAAAUUUAGAAAAAUCUAUGAAACCCUUUAAAAUUUAGCCAUUAUGUCUAAUAUUUCUUAUUAUGAGCCCGUUGUAAGAAUAUUAGGUCAUUCUUUUAACUUAUUUCAAGUAGGCCUUUCUCAGUUACAACAUAACUGCCUGAUCACAAUUAUCUGGGCCGAUCGUAAUCAUUUCAGCUGAACGCAGUUAUUUUCCAGUUGUCGUAUGUUUACGUUGCAACAAACAGAAUGUGAAAUUGUUGUAUUUUCAUAUGUUGGUUAGAUCUAAAUAAAAAAAAGAAGAAAGCAAAUUUAUCGUAACACCUUUAUAGACCAGCAGUGAGUAUCUUUUGAACUCUAUGUCUGUUGUUAGUUCAGAGCUAAACAGCUCAGGAAGCUAGAUAGCUAAGCAGUUGUCUACUUGAGGUAUGUACUUUAAAUAAUUGCAUAUAAUGAGGAAAAGAAAACAAUCAAACAGUUCAUCACAAUUAGUUAUAUGGUAAUUAACAGGCUGCUAAAAUGUCACGAUUAUCACAGGUUUCAUUUUAAGUUUUACUUAUUUCAUGAUGUUAUUCCAUGUUUUAGUAAUUUUUUUUUGGAUUUCUUCUUACAACAAACCCAUAAUAACAAAUUUUUAGAUAUAGAUUGACUACAUUGAGAAUGCUUUGACAUGCCAAGAUAUUACUUUUUGCAGUGCUUGCAAGACACCGUAAGGCAGAGAUGCAGGUGCAUGCUGGGAUAUGUUGAUCCUUCCAUUAAGUCCUCACAGACUCUUCUAUAAAUCAAGUGCACCAACAUGUUUACUUUCCCGCUCCAGCACAAAUCAUGUACUCCCACUUCCAUGCACUGGGCCUACUUUCUGAAAGCAGACACGACUAAUUCACACAAACACAGGCUCGCGCCCUCACACGACCGGCUGUUGGUCUUUAUCUGUGAUAAAUAUAAAAAAAAAAUUUAAAAAAAACUUGCUCCUCGCUCUUUGGUCCAUGUGUGGUCAAAGUCCUAGGAAAGGUUAAACAAACAGGGUGCUUCAUUGUUUAAAUGUCACACACCCGCCGUGCUUUGUUUUUUUCUUAAGCUGCGCACAAGCGCACAUGUAGAAACACAUUGUCACAUGGAUGUGGAUGUUAUUCCAUCUCUCUCUUUUUCUUUUAGUCUGUUUGGUUAUACCUGUGUAUAUAUACAGCUGUAUGCUAUUUAAUUCUUUCAUUUGUCUCAUAUAUUGGGAGUGAAUGUAUAGCAGUCCAGUCACCUCCAACCUUCUGACUGAGGCUUUGUAUGCUCUGUGUGGCAGAUUCAUAAAUUGUCCUGUCCAUGCUCCUUAAAUGCAUCCUUUCAUGGCUGAUGCUGGGUCGGACAAUCUUUGCAGAACUCUGACAAAAAUUCCAUUCAACCCAAUGGGAAUAAGUAGUAAACAACUUGUCAAAACACUUACACUUAGGGUGUGUUAUUAAUUUCCAAUGGUUUAUUUUGUAUACACUGGCCUCAAAAAUGUAUCUGGACAUUUGUGCCAUAAGUAUUACGUUCAAUGUGAUAGAAAAAAGAAAAUGUCAAACCAAGUUGCAUUUAUUUUAAGUGUACUGUUCCAAGACUAUCAUUUUCUUAUUGUUUGAGCAAUUUCUUUGCAAUUUUAUUAUUGUUUGAGAUAUUUCUGCUGCAGGUUUGCACUUCAAAGUUCAUGAGCCCAUCAGUGAACACAAGCUCAGCGACACCAUUGUAAGAAAAUGAGCCCAGGACUUUUACGCUUUCCACCUCUGUGGUUUGCAUUACUCUUAGUGCAGUCUGGUUGGAAUUCUUCUCCACACAAACAGUCAACCCUCAGUCUGAUGUUGUUCUGAAAGUGUUCCUGAAAGAAAUACUAUUUUGUUUGCGUUUUACAAAGUACCCUAAAGAACUUCACUGGGCAAACAGUUAAAGUGUCCAAAUACAUUUGGAGGUCACUAACAGGUCACUCUUAGGGCAGAUCUGUGAUUUUUUUUGUCAUGUAAUGACCUUACAUAAGGCUAACAAAGAUAUAAACAAAGAUCUAAAUAUCUCAUUAGGUUUAAUGGGCUCAGUGUUCUGUAAAGCUUAUCCAACCUCAACAGUUGCUACGAAGGAGCACAUUUGUGGGUGGAGCACUGAGAGGUCAGUUAGCCUCCUGCUCAAGUCAAAGGUUUAAAGGAUAUUGUGUGAGCAAAGGAUGACUGUAAACAAGAGGAAAACUGAACAGCUCAGUGAAGGCCAGCCAGCAUCUCUGCCAAUACAUGUCAUUUGAUGGACAAGAAAGCAGGGGUGCGGCCAUAACUUUCCAGUUUGAAUGGCCAAAAGCAUUAAGUCCAGCCACAAUGGUGGCUGAACAAAAGGCCUAGUUGGACCUCUCUGUAAAAUGUAAAUGGGUUAUUUUUCUUCCCCUCCUCACCGGACUCCAGCCCUUCAGCUUUCUCUGAUAAAGCCACUAUUCCACAGGGGCCUGUACCAAUACACAAUGCACACAGUUGGAGGUAUUUGCCUUCCUUUCCUGUGGACUCUGCUACGAGCCAUGCUAGACAUUGUAUAUAAAUCACUGACUCCAUCCGUCAAGUGCAGGAGUCCAGUCUGGCUCGACAUGUUGGAAAGGGCAAACACGCACCAUCAGCAAGACAUAUUGUGCAACAGGCAUUAACCAUUAGACUCAGUAUGAUGAAGAAUGUCACUCAUCAUAGAUGCCACCUCUACGCUGGUUUGAGUGUGUUACCAGGUAAGGCUGUCGGAUAAAUCCUCUCCAAUUUAUUCCUGUGUAUUACAAAUGAGUUUGCAGAGUUUGAAUGCAGACUUCCACAGCUUUAAAAAUGUGCUAUGAUGAAUACCACUAGUGCUCUAUAAGAACUGUAAUCCUUGCGCCUGGUUUUUUGUAUAAGCUGACUUUCUUGUUCAGUUGUAAAAGAGAGUUGGCAAAUUCAUGUACGCAACAGGCCAGAAGUAUGGAAGCAAGCAGUUUCAAAAAUAUUUUACAGUGAAGUUAGUUUGCUUACAACCAAUGCAGCAUACAUUUACCAAAGACAUUUUUCCAAAAUAUUCCACUGGGUUUCAGUGAUAUACUCCUACUCCAACAUACUCUAUUGGAAAUACCUUCAUUCUAUGUUAAUCAUUCUCUCAUAUAUUGUCUAUUUUUGAAUAAUUUACAAACUCGUAAUUUAACACACCUGAUUCAGUUUGUCAGGCCUUCAGAUCAUAAUUAUGUUUCAUGUCUGGGUUGUGCUUUGGCCAAGCUCCGUUUGCACUUUUCAUAAACUUUUCGGUGUGAUAAGGUGAAUACCGAUUUCACCUUCCUGCAUAAAAAGCACUUCAGCACAUACAUUGUUUUCAUUUAUUUCCAUUUGAUUUUUUACCCGUUAUAAUCAUAAAGCUUGUGCAAGAAGGCACUCUGUUCUGUGAUAACUCCAGCCUCGCUUAUCCCCCAUCCAAGGGUGAAUCAUGGUCUCAUAGUGGCCCCACCUCCACAUUGUGACAACAAUGUAAAAACUAACAUUAAUAAACAGCUCUUGUAUAUGUCAACAACAUGAACAAACAAAAGGCCUUGUAGUUUGAGGUCCCCUGAGUCCCCUGGCAAUCCAAGGGCCCCGGGGUCUGGCCCCACUGAUCAGUAAUCCAUCCCUGUCUCUGUCUUGCACCCCCUUGUCUAUCCUCUAACCUGCUAGUCAGCACUCAGCAGACGCUUUUCUGCUCCCAUAAUUGUAUGCGGAUAUAGAGCUCACACUUAAGGUACACUCAUCUUAAAUGUAGUCAAGAUACACCUCCAAAUGUAGUUUGAGUGAUCUGAUCGUAGUCCGAUCGCAAUGCUGUGUUUACACCUUAUGUUUCAUGAAAUCCGGUCAAAUCCGAAUGUGAUCCGAUCACUGACAACACAUUGCAAUGUUGUAAACAGCCUUAGUCAAACGUUUUGGUCAAACACAGAUGUGCCAUAAAUCUCUAAUUUUGAAAAAAGAACAGUGUUUCUAGUUGUUGCUUCCAAACCUUUGGUCUGUAUUAGUUUAAAGGGACACCUUCAAUGUUAGGAGGCUUUCAGCUUCAGAUUAAACUGGAUAAUAUGUACAGAUACAAACAGAGGUUCUUUAAACUGUAGAAAGAUUCUUCACAUUCACGGAUCUUGUUUAAGAAUGGUUCUUUGAACAAAACAAAAACAAAAAACAUCCACUAAAAGGUUUUUUUAAGGCAACUGUUUUCAAACUGGUGCUCAAGGCCCCACAUAAGACCCACAUUUCUGCUCUCACCCAUCUCUCAGUAUGUAGGGAUAGAGAAAAAAUGUGAACUGUCUGAGAGGCCAUGAGAUCCCAAAACAGGUUCUUCUAUGGCAUUGGCAGUCCCUGAGAGGGGGGGGGGGCUUUCCAUAACAGCACUGUGGAACGCUAGCUAGUUUCUGUUAACACCCUCGGAAUUCCACUACAAAUAACCGAACACAAACCUCUAACCCCAGUUUGUUAUCGCACAGUAUCCCCUUCUGCUCUGAAGUCUUACUGGGACUCCUCAGGCAUUUGCCUGUGGAAAUUUGGCCAUCUGUCUAUACAGUAUGGGUAACAUGGACGCAUGGACAGGGUAGAGAAUAUAGUGCAGAAUAUUCCUUGGCUCCAGUUGAAUUCCAGAAGGGCUCGCCUUCCCAACAGUGUGGAACCAAAUGUGAAAAAGGUGGAAAUAAUAUUUCUCAAAGUGAAUGUGUACGUGUGUAUUUCUUAAAAGAUGAUUGUACAAACAAUGGAUGUAAUGCAUAAAAUGCCCAGCGUUGAAAUGAAAUUGAACUGUGUGUGUUCUUUCCUGAGAGCAGACUGUAUUGUGGUGAAGAGUCUAAUGUAGUCAGAACCCAGUGAGCAAUACUGAACAAAAGGGCUAUUGUUUUUCUUUUUCUGCCCAGAGCUAUGUAAGUGCAUUUUUGUACCCUUUAAAAGGUCUGUAAAUCACUAAUCUGUCGGUCUGGGUUUUCCUUUGAUGAAAGAUAACAUGCACUGUUUACCACUGUUGUUUUCUCACUGUAAAAAUGUACAAAUGUCUGGUGGUUUAUCUUAACUGUAAAAAAAGAAAUUUUCUUGAUCUGUCAUUUGCGUUUUUGAGGGUUUUUUGUUAAGUGUUAUUUCUAACAAUUAAAAUGCUUGUCUUCCAGCAGAGAGUCACUGGUGUGUUGA